CGAACAACGCUCCCCUUCUCCAUAUCGGCGGCGUUUAUCACCAACGACGAGCGCGCCCGUGCCGAUCGACGAUCCCGCAACGACAAACAAAACCCCUUUCCCCCACACCAGAUUUUCCUCCCUCCCAUCCCACAUACACACCCCAACCUUCCUCCUCCGACUCGGCGGCCAGGCAUUCGAUCGGUCAAUAGAGGGUCGGCGAGCACAUUCCGGUGACGUGAUUGACUUCUGGUGAGCUCAAAUAGACCAUCUAGACCAAAGAUUCCAGAGUUGGCUUUGACUGGAAAAAACCCUAAUUCUCAAGAAGCUACGUGGUAAUCGUGGGCGGUCGAUUUUUUGGGCUUCUUCCUUUCAUUCGACAGGUAAGUAAUCUACAAAACUUGUCGCAAAUGUUCGAUUGUGAGUGCAAUGUUGUAAAGUUUGGUUAGUUCCUUCGUUUUAUAGAUCGUAGCGGGCAUUAAAGGCAAGAAAGCGACACAACAAAGGCAUCUCAGGACCAAUGAGUUGUCUUCUUUCUCGAGUUUGCCCUUGAAAUCGAAGGUGAGCAGCUCAAUAUUUUGGGUACAAUCGUCAUUGGCUUUGAAAAACCCUAGGAUAGAAAAUGUUUGUUGGGUGGUUCUGCAUUUGUUGUUUAGUGAUUUAAAAACUGAUUAAAUUAGGUUAGUGACUACAAUUGUGAUUAGCAAAUUACAUAAUUUUUGGGGUUACUGACCAAAGUGUUGGUGUGUCUGUCCACAUGUACCAUGGACAAGGAAACUUUUCCUAUCCUAUAAAAGGAAGCAACUUGGGUUAUGUACUUAAUGUUUUUAGGGUUCUUACAUCGUGGCCACAUUAUCUUAUUUUUUCUUUUCUUUUCUUUGUGAAGCUGCGCAGAGAAUCGAUCUCUUUGAAUUCGACGCACAUAGUCUAAAGCCAACGACAAUGGAGCUGCGCGGUUCGGCUUCUGAUAGGAUUAGCGACGUUCCGACCAAUUUGAUAACAGAUCACAUUCUGACGCUGUUGCCCCUAAAAGACGCAGGGAGAACCAGCAUCCUGUCUAGAAACUGGAGGCAACACUGGAGAAGCAUUCCUCAACUCGUGUUCGAUCGAAAUUUCGCUCCAGUACUCCCCAAUACGACACCGGACGAGACCAAACUAAUAUUGAACAUUUACGAAGCUCUGCUGCUUCAUGACGGUCCAGUAACCAAGUUUGAGCUCUCAAUUCCUGGAUUGAGAGAAGACUGUUUACAUAGGUUGAUUCCUCACUUUGCAAGCAAAAGUGUCCAGGAACUUUCCCUUCGGUUUGCCGUCGGUCAGACGUCCAAGCUGCCUUCCUCCCUGUUCACCGCCUGCCGCCACCUGACGGUUCUGAAACUGCAGCAUUGUAGUGUUGGUGCACCAUCUUCUUUCGUGGGAUUUCCUAAGCUGGUCGUUCUUGAGCUUGAACAUGUUAUCAUGCAUGAAGAUUUCCUUCAAAACUUACAGCCGGAGUGCCCCCUGCUCGAAGAGUUGCGGGUUCUACACUGUAGCAGGCAAGAAUAUAAACUCAACGUGCCGUCUCUCAAAGUGCUCUCCUUUGAUCACUCGCAUGGUUACGCCUCGGUGUUUACGUUCCACCAUGCUCCACUGCUUUCAGUGUUGUCGCUUCCACACGGUUGCGCGUAUCCAAAUUGUUUCGCAGUAUUUGAUUCUCUCCCUGCGCUCAGGCAGCUAACUUUUGGAAUUCAUUCGCUGCAAUUCUCUGAGGAGGCUAAUGCAGCCUGCAAGCGAACUACAACCGUCUACCAAUUAAACGUCGUUGAAAUAACUCGCUUUCUUUUGGACAACUUGCCACAAGCACGGUUUCUUAUUUGGCUGAUCAUGAGUUCCCCCAGCUUGCAAAAGCUCACCGUUCGGUUUGGCACCAGUACUGCCCAGCCGCCUUCAGAGGUUAUCAAUAGCCUACAGGAGUUGUUGGAAGCAGAGGAUCGACCUGGAGUUUGUUGCCUUCAACAUCUUGAAGAGUUGCACAUUCAGGAUAGCCAAGGUGCACGAGUCGAGCUGGACCUGGUGAGGUUUGUUAUGGCCACUGCUCCACAACUUCGUGUGAUCUCGAUUAACCGUGCAGUUAACCUGCAAUCGUCUGAUAAGGUUUCGGAAUUCUUGAGUGAAUUGGUAUCGUAUAAGCGUAUUUCCAGAGACGCGGUGGUCAAAUAUGUCUAGGAAAAGAUGAGGUUGAGUUGAUACAUACACUUGAUCGGUUUUACCUCUCUUGCACCUUUGGGUCGUUGUCCACCUAAUUACAGGGUGCUUGAUUUUUUAUGUUCUCGUUUCAUCUUUUCCCUGAAUGAUCCUGUUGAAUGCAGAAGUUUUGAAGGGGCUUGGAUUUAUUCAGUGCAUUGAGGUGAAUAAUAUUCUCAAAUUUGA